CACCUCUAUGUACCCCGCCACCAAACAAAGCCCCACCACGACCUCUACAACAACAAUCAAAACCUUCCAGCAACUUCAUCAACCCCAUCACUGAAUCCCCAAACCCGCAACCCCGCAACCACCAUUCAAAAUGCUUGAGACGAUUUACGUAGCGCGCCACGGCUUCCGCAGCAACUGGACGACCGACAACGACGGCAACUACUCGGCCACGAUCACGUCGCCGACCGGCAUCGCCUCGGACCCGCCACUAGCCGCCUACGGCGUCGAGCAAGCCCACGAGCUAGCCACCUACGCUGCCAGCGUCGACCCCAAGAUCGAGCGCAUCUACUCGAGCCCGUUCUACCGCUGCCUGGAGACGAUCAACCCUCUCGCCGAGAUCCUCGACCUGCCCAUCCUCUGCGACAACGGCAUCGGCGAGUGGUACGGCGUAGCGCGCUUCGACCACCCCUCCCCCGCAGCACCCGAGAUCCUGCACCGCUUCUUCCCGCGCGUGCGCACCAGCUACGACCCCACCAUCAUCCCGAGCACCAAGGGCGAGACGCUGAGCGAGAUCCACAACCGCACGGCAUAUGCGUGCGCCAAGAUCAUUAGCGACAUCGACCGCGAGUGGAAGGAGACGGGCACCGGGCCGCGCGCGAUCCUGCUCGUGGCUCAUGCCGCCACGAAUAUCGCUAUCGGACGGGUGUUGACUGGUGACGAAAACCGUGAAAUCCGCGCCGGCACGUGCAGCAUGAGCAUCUACCGUCGGCGGGCGACGACGACACCACCAGCGCCGAACGCGCUCCCGCUCCCGUCGACCGAGGACCCAAUUCCGGACACGAACUGGCGUGGCGGCAAGGGCGUAGUCGGCGGGUGGGACCAGAUCCAGAACGGCGACUGCUCGUUCCUCAAGAACGGCGAGGAGCGGAAUUGGUGGUUCGAGGGCGACGAGAGCUGGGAUUUCCCCGUCGUCAAGGAGGGCACCGCGGGUGUGGAGGGCGGCUUGACGGCGGCGAUCGAGGGCGGGUUGACGGAGGGCGCUAUUGGUGGGCCUGGUACACUGCCUGAGGCGGGAAAGGCCGAGGAUACCGCCCACAUGCAUAAGGUCGAGAAGCAGCGGAGCAAUAUCUGAUACUACUCCUACUCUACGCUACGUGCGCUGCGCUGGGUUUACGGUUGCUUCAUCACUACUUGAAUCUGCUUCUUCUUGUUGCUUGCUGGAAGCGUUUGUUUUGAUUGUAAAAGUUUCACGAUAGACCUCUGGACGAAUUUGA